AUGGUCCCUCGGGCAGGCCGGGGCGAUAAGGCGAGGGGCGCCGCCCGUUUCGUCGUCUUUGGCCCUGUUCUCGCGGCGGGGGAGGGGGGCUUCACCAGUUCUCCGGCAAGACCGGCCCUCAGCGCGGAAAAGGCGGUCGGGGAGGGACAGGACCCGAUGGAUGUGGUCGACCUCUGCGUUCGCCAUGUCCAGCACCGGCGAAACAUCGCGGAGCCGAUCGACGCCGUUAAACAGCAGCUGAAGCGUUUUGCGGCGGACCUGCAAGGAUUAUAG